UCUUUCCCCUCGUCCAAGCCGCGGCCCCUUUAUAACCCCCACCCUCUAAUCAUCCCCGUCCACCAAAGCCGCCUCCCUCCCUCACUCCCUCCCCCCCUCCCCUGCCCGCCCACCCCCCAUCUCCCCUCGCAGCCCUCGAAUCUCCCCCGAGCAUCGACCAUGUCGGCCUACUGCGGCAAGUACAAGGAUGAGCUCAUCAAGAACGCUGCCUACAUUGGCACCCCUGGCAAGGGUAUCCUCGCUGCUGAUGAGUCCACCGGCACCAUCGGCAAGCGCUUCGCCAGCAUCAAUGUUGAGAACGUUGAGGACAACCGCCGUGCCCUCCGUGAGCUCCUCUUCUGCACCCCUGGUGCCCUCCAGUACCUCAGCGGUGUGAUCCUCUUCGAGGAGACCCUGUACCAGAGCACCAAGGGUGGCAAGCCCUUCGUCGACAUCCUCAAGGCGGGCAAUGUCCUCCCCGGAAUCAAGGUGGACAAGGGUACCAUCGAGCUUGCUGGAACCAACGGUGAGACCACCACCCAGGGCUUUGAUGACCUUGGCAAGCGCUGCGCCAAGUACUAUGAGGCUGGUGCCCGCUUCGCCAAGUGGCGUGCAGUCCUUAAGAUCGGCGCCACCGAGCCAUCGCAGCUCUCCAUCGACCAGAACGCUCAGGGUCUGGCUCGCUAUGCCAUCAUCUGCCAGGAGAAUGGGCUGGUGCCCAUUGUUGAGCCUGAGAUCCUUGUUGAUGGACCUCAUGACAUUGACCGCUGUGCUUACGUGACUGAGAUCGUCCUUGCUGCCUGCUACAAGGCCCUCAACGACCAGCAUGUCCUCCUCGAGGGCACCCUCCUGAAGCCCAACAUGGUCACCCCUGGAUCCGACGCCAAGAAGGUGGCCCCUGAGGUGAUUGCUGAGUACACCGUCCGCACCCUCCAGAGGACCGUCCCUGCUGCCGUCCCCGCCAUUGUCUUCCUCUCCGGUGGACAGAGUGAGGAGGAGGCGACCCUGAACCUGAACGCCAUGAACAAGCUCCAGACCAAGAAGCCCUGGAACCUGUCCUUCUCCUUCGGGCGUGCCCUCCAGCAGAGCACCCUCAAGGCCUGGUCCGGCAAGACGGAGAACGAGGAGAAGGCCAGGACGGCGUUCCUGGUGAGGUGCAAGGCCAACUCCGAGGCCACCCUUGGCACCUACAAGGGCGACGCCACCCUCGGCGAGGGCGCCUCUGAGAGCCUCCACGUCAAGGACUACAAGUACUGAUCUAUCUGCCUUCGGAGCUGUGGCCCGUUUGGGCGUCCCGCUUACCAGUAUCAUUGUUUGGUUUUCUGAGUCCUGAUAUAUCCUCGGAUAUCGAACAUCGUUUUUAAUAAUAUGGAACUUGUGUUUUCAUAAUACCGUAGUAGUUUCUUUUUGGAGUUGAAGUACCCUGGAAAUCGGGUGCUGCGUAUCGUAUAUUGGAGCAGGUUUUUGUUCCAUGGUCCUGUAAUUUUCCUGCUCAUAGAAUGUUCAAACCUCAUGCGAGUACACAUGUGUUCCGUCA